UUGUGUGUAAUUUCCAGAAAAGUAUAUUUUAACUACAACACGGUGACAAUAUUAUUUAUUGAACAUGACUGGUCAUCGAGCAUUGGAAGACUCGGACAUGGCAUUAAUUGAGCGUGUAAAAAUGACACCCUCACUGUACGAUCCUAGAAAUCUAGAUUUUCGUCUCGCCUAUCGUAAAGAGCAAGAGUGGGAAGUAGUUGGUGCCAUGAUAGGGAUGACAGCAACAGAAGCAAGACGACGUUGGACUUGCCUACGCGAUCGUUAUUCACGCGAGCUAAAACAACUGCGUUUGCAUCCGGAGAAGAAUGAGUAUGGUAAUAGUCCUUUUUUCCGUCAAAUGGAUUUCCUGCGCAAAUUUGUGCGAAAGCGAAGAAAUCGUCGACGCAAUGGAUAUGUUGAAUAUGAAUAUCAAAGUACUGAAGAACAAAAGGUAAACAAAGAUGGGCAAAGUAUGCGCAAAAACGACGAAGAAGAGGACUACAGUCUAGAAAACUAUGAUGAACAAUCCGAAACUUACGAUGGCAAAAUUGAUGAAAACACCAUGGAAUCGGAUUAUCCUGAAUUUGUUGAUGUGGACGCAGGUGAAGAUGUUUAUGAGGAGUGUGUAGAAACGCCUAUUACUGAAACAAACGCAAAGCAACAUUCACUUAAUCACACCAGCAUCGAAGUUAACUCAAAACAAACGAUUGCACCGAUCACAUCAACAGCUGCGCUACCGCAUAAUACCAACCGUGCAAUACACACGAUUUCCAAAAAUCAACUACAACAGCAAAUGGUGAUAAAGACAAGCCCAGCUGUUGCAUCGCAAGCAACACAAUAUAAACAAACGCGUAAUUUAUAUGCUAACUCGCAAGUAAGACCUCAACAAACAAAUUAUCAAAACCAGUUAGACACCAAUGUGUAUUCAAAUGUGACAGUUCCGGAAACGGAAGAUGAUCUUUUCGGUAAAUCAAUAGCCGUGUACUUAAAGCAAUUGUCCCGUCGUCACAAAAUUAAAGCACAAGUCGAAAUGUUUCAAAUACUGGAAAAGUACAUUGAGCUAGAAGAGAGUGAAAAAGUUCGAAUAUCAGUAAACGCAACGAAUAUUAACAAUGGUUAGAAACCAUUAGCUUGUUACAUUAUUUUUCUUUGAUUGAAUAUGAAAUAUAUAUGCGUGUGCACUUCGCAACUUAAGUAAAGUUUCUAAAACGCAUUUUCAAAUAUUUUUUUGUUUUAAAUCUACGAUUUCUUUCCGUAUCUCUUAUUCUUUGCGUAUUUAAGUUGAAUUAAGUGAAAAUGUAAAAAAUAGAUUAAGAUUUAUGUAUAUAUUUAAAAUAAUAAAACUUAUUUUUAAUUCGAAGAAGACGUAUACCAGUUAAAUCCGUAAAAUGUAUGCCAGGUCUCUGUCGAGUGUUUGGCAAUGGCACUUUAUGAAUAUACUUUAAUGCCGCGACGAAAUAUAUUGGUAUAAGUAAUUUUACAGCAUCAUUAUUAUAAUUAUUCAUGCAUAAAUAGUAAAUAAAAAUCAUUUUUAUAAUUAAA